AUGACCGGCAUGGUGUGGGUGUUCUUCCAUCGCCUGCCGUGCUUCAUGGAGUCCAACAACACAAGCUUCCAGCCCUGGAGGGAUUACAUGGGUCUCUCGGACACUGUCAGAGAGAUGUUGAGCCAGAACAGCGCCACUGGCUCCUGCAGGCCAGCGUGCGCCGCGCGUCAUUCGCAGUGCAAUGAUCCGAGCAUUAAGGCGUUUGCGUCCAUGCGCAUUAACGCAGUUUACCAAAGCCCCCCGGGCGCGCACAGGGCGCCGGAUUGUCCCCUUGAACCCACUCUGACUCCAGGCUCCACGCAUCCCGCUGAGCAUCUGAGGCGCACCCCGGAUUUGGUUGCUUCUUCUGGUGCAUCGCAAGCCGAGGAUCCAAUAAAGUCGGUGCCAAAACGCGGCGCGAGGGAGCGCAGGAAGCCUCGCUUCAGGACUCCGGAGCCGCCGGGGCCUCCCGAACACAUGAUGUGCUGCAGUUUCUGCAAGCACAACGGGGAGUCCGAGCUGGUGUACGGCUCCCACAGGUUGAAGAACCAGGCUGGAGACGUCCUGUGUCCCUACCUGCGGCAGUACGUGUGUCCCCUGUGCGGGGCCACGGGGGCCAAAGCGCACACCAAGCGCUUCUGUCCCCAGGUGGACAGCGCGUACAGCUCCGUGUACGCCAAGUCCAGACGCUGA